AUGGCAUUAAACAGUCACCAAGGGUGUGGUUUGAUCGAUUUGUUAAGAGAUAACAUAGUGGAAAGGGAAAGACUGAAGAAACAAAUGAUAGUUGAAUUUGAGGUAAAAGACUUGGGACAGAUGCGAUAUUUUCUAGUAAUGGAAGUUGCGAAAUCGAAAAGGGUAUCAAUGUUUCACAACGAAACUACAUUCAUGAUCUCCUAUCAGAAAUGGCGACUAGUUGGGAAAUUAAUCUAUUUGUCUCAUACUAGGCCAGAUAUUGCCUUCGCACUAAGUGUGGUAAGUCAACAUAUGCACUCACCAAAGGAAACACAUAUGGAAGCAGUGUAUAAAAUACUUAAGUAUCUGAAAAGUUCUUUAGGGAAGGGACUAUUCUUUAAGAAAAAUGAGAGUAAUAGAGUAGAGGUAUUUAUUGAUGCUGAUUGGGCUAGUUUUGCAGAAGAUAGGAGAUCAACAACUGGUUACUGUAACUAUCAAGAAAAUACACACAACACCAUUUUCACACACUUAUCCGGUGACAGCGCCAUCAUCGACUACCCCAAAAGAGGUCGUCAUCGACGGCAAGAUGGUACCCAGCAGCUGCUGCUUCUUGCAUUAGCAGCUUCAAUUGCUGGAAGCAGUAGACCAACUGCUACUUCAGCUUGCUGUGCGAGUCAAAUGCUUCCUCCUUUAGAUCUUCUCUCUUGUUCUCCUUUAGGUUAUGAGAAAUGGGAUGUAAUUCAAUCUAUACAACCUGUGAGAAUGUUUUUCGUUUCUAUGGAUGUUAUUCAUAGCAUUUCAAGAAAGGAAAUUCCUUUGGGAAUGCAGCCUGCUUAG